UCAGGAGAGGAGUGAAGAUGAAAUCAGAAUAGAAUUAGUUUGAGUCUUUGUCUCUGACGUGGUUUGGUGGAAGAAUCUCGUCCUCUUGUCUCUGAGUCGUGUCCCCAGUGGCUCGUCCUCUGGACUGGUCUCAGCACCAUGGACCUGGACCAGCUGGACGCUUCAGGCUUCUCACACAUCUGGACGCUUCUGGACGUGGACGAUCACGGUUACAUCGAAGCGACGCAGCUCGACGACUUCUUCCGUCGCGUGUUGGAGAAACUGGGAAAGAAGAGAGAAGAGAUCACUGAGCUCAACAUCCGGCGACUGAGAGAAAGGUUCAUGUCGGCUUCUGACGUCUCAGCCGUCGGACGUCUGCAGAUCCAAGAGGGACUUUCUUUAAGACUUAAUGAGGCCACCUGUGAUGAAGUGAUGUCUUUGCAGCUCGCAGCCAUGAUGCUGCCGGAGGAGGAGAAGUUCCUGCUCCUGUUUCACAGAGAGACGCCGCUGGACGACAGCGUGGAGUUCAUGAGGAUCUGGAGAAACUACGACGUGGACAGCAGCGGCUUCAUCUCAGCCGUCGACCUGAAGGGCUUCCUUCAGGACCUGUUCGUCCAACACAGGAAGUCCGUCCCCGCUGAGAAGCUGGAGGAGUACACUAUCUCAAUGAUGAAGAUGUUUGAUAAGAACCAGGACGGCCGAUUGGAUCUGAACGACCUGGCCAGGAUUUUGGCUCUGAAAGAAAACUUCUUACUGAAGUUUAAGAUGGACGCCUGCAGUCAGGACGACAGGAAGAGGGACUUUGAGAAAAUAUUCUCUCACUACGACGUCAGUAAGACGGGUGAGUUGGAGGGUCCUGAGGUCGAUGGAUUUGUCAAAGACAUGAUGGAGCUGGCGAAGCCAAGCAUCAGUGGCACGGACCUGGACCAGUUCAGGAAAGCUGUGCUCGGCCACUGUGACAUCAACGGAGACGGAAAGAUCCAGAAGAACGAGCUGGCUCUCUGCCUCGGCCUGAAGCUCAGCUAACCUUCACCGCCUGUCCUUCCUCUCC